GUGGAAAGCUUUAAUCAGUUAUUGAAUUGCCACUGACAAUUAAUGUUCAGAAACAAUACUUGGAUUGGGUGCCGUAUUUGAAUACCAAUAUAUGAAAUAUCGUAUUGUGAGCUAAAAGCUAGGCUGUGAUCAGACUUGUGUCAUCGUACAUCUUCACAAUAUCCCACGUAUUUGCCGUCAUGUCGGAAAAGCCGCCACUCCGCCUAGAAGACAUUCCUGUGACAAACAUGACCGCAUACCUGCUUGACGAAAAUCCGGCACUAUGGGGACAAGGUUGCCAUGGUCGAUGCCACAACCGAGAAAACCACGACAUAUUCGGAGCUAGUCACGCGCAUUGAACGGGCAGCUUCCGGUCUGCAGGCGAUAGGUGUGAUGAAAGAUGACGACAUCGGCGUGUUGUCACCGAAUCAUCCUGACUAUCUGGUCACGUUCUACGCAUGCGCACUGGUGGGAGCCACACUCCAACCAAUCAGCCCGAUGUAUACCAAGGACGACUUGGCCAAAGUUCUCCGAGACUGCAACACCAAGUUCCUGUUUACCGUGUCUGCUCUUUUGCCCUAA